UAGGAACGCGCCUCCCCCCCUUCCCUCCCCACCGAAUCCUUAAAGGGGCCGCGAGGUGGCGGCGGCGGCGAAGGUGCCUGGUCCUGAGGCUGCUGCCGGGCUCAGGUCAGAGGUGGCUGCUCGCACCCCUCCCCCGCCCGAUCCAACAAGAUGUCUGGUCCCAGCCCUCAAGGUCACAACUGGAGCCAGAAGUCCGAAGACGAGGAGGAUCCCUUGGAUCAAAUGAUCUUGCGCACUGGCUGCGCCACUUUCCAUUAUGCAGUGCAGGAGUGCAUGGCCGAACACCAGGACUGGAGGAAGUGUCAGCAGCAGGUUCAGGCCUUCAAGGACUGCAUGAAGGAACAUCAGAAGCAACGAACAGAGGAACUGCAGAAGAGGCAAAGGUUAGCCCAGGCCAAGAGCUGACAGAAAAGACUCAAGCUUGAAGCUCAAAGGAUCCAAGAGUCCAACUCAGCCAGAGCAUGGAGAAUUUAACUCCUGAGAAAUAUCCUGCUGAAUCAGAGGGAUAAAACCUUCUCUCUCGGGACCUGGCACGUGUAUUAAGGGGACUGAUCACAGUAAUUAGGAUGGGGGUGGCUUCGCUGAUGAUGUGUCACUGAAUAUUUUUUUACAGUACAAAUAUCAGGUAAAAAUUUAUUUUAAAUUUUCAGGUGAAAAAAUAAAUGGAUUUAUUGUUCCUA